GUCAUUUUUACCAAUAGAAUGCCUAGAAAAAAUAUUUUUAUAUCUUCCUAAUAGAAUUUAUGGAAUUCCCACUGAUAGUUUCCGUAAAGAGAUAUCAACUAAAGAUUUAUAUUAUUGUACGUUAGUAUCAAAACAUUGGUGUAGAGUUUCAACACCAAUCUUAUAUGCAUAUCCAUUCCCAAGUUAUUCAAGUUAUUGUAGGAACCCUUCAGCAGAUUUAGCAUUUUCUUAUAUUAGAUUGCUUCGUACCCUAUUAAGUUGUACUCCUAAAUCGGAAAUUGAACAGAUGAUCUUAUCAGAUUCGUCUAAUCCAACAUUUAAUUAUAUCUCUUUUAUUCGUGGUUUAAAUUUUGAUCUAGAAAUUUUAGAAAAAUUAAACAAUCACAAAUCAUUAUGGUUACCCCUUUUUGUUUUAAAUAAUAUAAAAAAAAAUCAAAUUCCAAAAAUAUCAUCCUUAAUUUUAAAUCAUCUUGCAAAAACCUUGAGUACACAUUGCAACAAUAAUUUAACAAGAUUAGAAAUUGUAUUUACAAAUGAUAAUAUCAAGUUAUUUAAUAACAUCGUUGAACCGUUAACUAUCAAUUAUUGUGAUGAAAGAAGUAAAUUGACCAAACUAAAAGAAUUAUAUUAUAUCAACAAUUAUGAUAGCAAAAUUGAUCUUUACUCUGCUUUUUCGAAUAAAGUUCGUAACUUAAAUUUACUUCACAACGAGGGAAACGAUUCUAUCAAAAAAGCAAAUUCAUUAUCACAUUUUAUUUCUUUACAAAAAAAGUUGCAACAUAUUAUAUUAUCGGAAUUUCCAAUGGAUAAUGAUAAUGGUGACUAUUAUAAUAUUGUAUUUGAAUCAUUAUCAACACAAAGUGAAAAUUUGCAGAUAUUAAACCUGAAAAAUAUACCUUUUGAUAAAAUAAAUGGAAAUGUAUUAAACUCAUUAUGUUCACUUAAAAAUAUCAAAGAGUUAAGGCUAAAUUAUUGCAUAGGAAUAGGUAAUAAUUUAAUUCCAUGGGCGGAGCAUCUAAGAAAACUUGAGGUUUUUGAAUUCUCAACAUAUGAUGACGGGUUUGAAAAUUUUCUGAACCAACUAAUUCAGUCUUCUUCAACUACUCUAAAUAAACUAAUUAUAAAUUAUGAAAGGACAAAUGAACGGGAUUGUCAAUCAUUAUUAAAACAAAUUCCACUUCGCUUAAAAUCAUUAAUUCAUUUAGAUCUAACUGGAAUUUAUCCAUAUGAGUUGAUUCUUAUAUUUAAAUUAUGUACUCAAUUAGUUUAUCUUAGUACAACAUUAACAAAUGAUAUAUCUUGGACUGGAAUAAAAUUUAAAAAUUUAGGUGAAUCAAUCCCUAAAAAUUUACAAAAGAUUCAAUUUAAAGAUGUGUUUGAUCCGGUAUUCAAAGUUAAUUACUUAGAAUGCUUCUUUGAAGAGUGUUUAAAUAACAAUAGUAAAUUGAAAUAUUUAGAAAUUGUUGGAAGUCAUAAAAUCGAUCAAAAGUAUUUUGAUGUCGCUAAUAAAUUUGGUAUACAAUUAAUUGAUAAAAGUGAUACCUGAUAAAUAGCAAAUUCUAUAUA